CCUAUGCCCUCUGCACUCAGGGCUGCUCCCCUGGGCUCCUGAGGCUCCAGAGUCAGUGGACCCACAUACCCCGCCCUGUCCCAGGCAACGCCUGCCAGAAGACUUUAUAAAUCUCUGACUUUUCCUUUGGAAAAAGCAGUUGGAAGUUCAUUUUACUUUUCUUUCUGGAUCUCAAUUUUCUUCUUUCAAAGGAAAGAAGAAAAUCCUGAACUGAGAGUCUUAAGUCUCUUGAAGGCAAUUUCAACAAAGGUCAUGGAGGAUACAGAGCUGCCCGGAGUAUUGGUGUUUGCACUUGAUGGACCCCAUGGCAUAUGCAAGGAUCACAUUGGAGACCUGCAGAAACACUUCAGGCUUAUCACCAUGAAAGAGUUUGUGGAAAAGAGAGCACAAUUCUGCCAGAAGAUCCAAGCUGUGUAUGUCUGGGGUGGGAAGCCGGCCAUUGAUGGGGAGCUCCUGCGGAGCCUGCCUUCUCUGAAGAUCAUUGCCAAUGGGGGGGUUGGAGUGAACCACCUGGACCUGCCACUUAUCGCCAGCCUUGGCGUGAAGGUGGCCAACACACCAAAAGCUGUCUCUGAUCCCACCGCAGACCUGGGGAUGGCCUUACUGCUAGCUGCAGCCCGCAGGGUCCUUGAAGGCUGUCAUCUGGCUGCUGCACCAGGUACAGAAGACUUCUGUGUGAACUGGAUGGGCCAGGAAGUGACAGGGGCGACUCUGGGGAUCAUUGGCAUGGGCAGUAUUGGCUACAAGAUUGCUCAAAGGGCCAGAGCGUUUGACAUGAAGAUUCUGUACCACAAUAGAAACCGCAGGAAAUUGGAGGAGGAGGAAGUCAUUGGGGCCACUUACUGCAAGAGGCUGGAUGACCUGCUGCAGCAGUCGGACUUUGUGAUGUUGGCUCUGAGCCUAACACCCCAGACCCACAGAAUGAUUGGGUGCCGGGAGCUGAGGCUGAUGAAACCCACUGCCAUUCUCAUCAACAUAGGCAGAGGUCUCCUGGUGGAUCAGGACGCCUUGGUGGAAGCUCUUCAGGCUGGGAUCAUUUGUGCCGCAGCACUGGAUGUGACCUACCCGGAGCCCCUGCCCAGAGAUCAUCCAUUGCUGAAACUGAAGAAUGUCACUCUGACACCUCACAUUGGAAGUGCAACACAUCAGGCCAGACAGCAAAUGAUGAGGGACAUGACUGAGAGCAUCCUGGCCUCUCUCAAUGGCCUGCCCAUUCCCAACCAAGUGCUGCCAGAGUGAGUCCCUGGUAUGAGGCAUUGCAGAUUACACAGGCACAAAUCACAUUCAGUGUACUUUGUAAAUGUUCACUUAUUGUGCAGACUGGCUUAUGUUGCUGGGGCUGGAUAGGGUUUUAAGGUAGCCAUGGUAGCUGAAUUUUAUGGAGGCAGCUCUUGAGGGAAUUUCUGUUUUUCUCAUUCAUAAACUGAGCACAGAGAAGAAUUACUUGUCUAAAGUCUCAAUCUCUUCUCAGAUGAAGAGAUUCAGCCUAAAAUAGCUGAAUUUGGAUUAAAGCCUUAGGCUUUUAAUUUGAAUCUGGAUUUGUUCUGUGAAUUUCCUAGUGGGCUCUUGUGGGGGAAAAGUUCUCCCACUACCUUCUCACAGCAUGCUUGUAAGGUCAGCUACUCAAGAAUUUAUCCUCAAUGCCAUGAAGGCUACGUUGAACAGUUUGAUGAGAAUAUUUCAGAUUGUAUAUGAAACCAGCACAUUGUACCCCUUGAUUGCAAUGUACAGCUAUGAUUCAACAAUAAAAAUCAAUAAAUUAAUAAUAAAAAAAA